GUUCAAUCGUAAGAGGAGGAGGGAUGAGAGAGGCCUAUUUAGUUCUACUAUUCCAACAGACACCUCCAUCUCAGAAGAACAGCUGCCAAGUGCUACUGAAGAAGAGGAUGUGGUCCCCAUUGCUGAGUACAAUGCGCUGCGUGUGAGCCAUGACCGGCUACAGGAGGAAUGUGCCAGUCUCCAUCGGGAUGUUAUAAGACUGACAGCUGAAAACGAGAGGCUCAAAGAAGAUCUCAAAGUCUCACGGUUUUGCUAUAGCACUAUCAAAAGUGACAUUGCUCAGUUUAUAUAUGGUCUUCAGACCAUAGUCUUUGAUUGGCUCAUACAAAAGUUAUCUGGCACUGUUGAUGUGGUUUGUAACAAAAUUAGUUUCCAAGAUCAUUUAUUGGUAGUACUUAUGAAAUUAAAAAUUGGCUUUAGCAAUAAAUACCUGGCUUAUAAAUUCAAUGUCUCUAACAGCACUAUAUCCAAAAUCUGUCGCACGUGGAUACCAACCAUGGCAAUUGUACUGAAACCCCUCAUAAAAUGGCCAAGUAAGGGAGCGGUACUCAAGAGUCUACCAAAAUCGUUCAAAAAUUGCAUUAUUGAUUGCACUGAAAUUUUCAUUGACAGACCUACAAAUUUAACAGCAAGGGCACAAACAUGGUCAAAUUAUAAACAUACAACAACACUAUAAAAUAUCUAAUUGGAAUUUCUCCUGCUGGGGCAAUAACUUUUAUUUCUGGGGGUUGGGGUGGUCGGGUCUCUGACAAACAUAUAACCAAGGAGUCUGGCUUUUUGAGUACGAUGACAUUCUGGCUGACAGGGGAUUCUUAAUCAGAGAUGAUUUGGCAGCAUUAGGCGUAACAUUGCGAAUACCCUCUUUCACAAAAGGUAAAAAACAACUUGGAGCCCAUGAAGUAGAUAGGUCCAGACAACUUUCACGGGUACGUAUACAUGUGGAGCGUGUGAGUGGCCAUUGGAAAACAUUUAAAAUAUUGCAGACUGUCAUUCCCGUGUCACAGGUAGACAUGCUAGAUGACAUUGGUGUAGUUUGUGCUGCCCUUACAAACCUCUGCAACAGUGUUGUGCAGUAAAAACAUGAUUAAGGCUAUGGUUUAUGAUUGGUUAUGGUUAAUUUUAUUCAUAUACAUGAUUAAGGCUAUGGUUUAUGAUUGGUUAUGGUUCAUUUGAUUCAUAUACUAAUACAAUUGUAAAUUAACAAUUUAUAAACAAUAAAUUUCAAUUGCACAGUA